AUGCAAAUUUUAUGGGCUGUUAUAACGCUGAUAAAUGCUAUAGAAGUAGAAAUCGACGAUACAGGGCAAAAAAAGAUCGACAAGAAAGUCGAAAAAAUCGUUGAAAAAAUCAACGAAGAGCAAAAUUACAAUUUUCAAAGUUUUGUUAAUGAAACAUAUGAAAAUGCCCCAUCAGAUGAAGAACUCAGAACACUAGAAGGACUAGAAGAAUUGGAAGAGAAAUUUAAAUCGUGGAAAAAGGAGAGAAAUGCGGAAGCGAGAAAAGACAGAGAUGUGGGAAAUUUUAUCGAGAAGGAAAAGCAAAGAUUUGAUGAAGAUGAUGAUGAAGACCUCGGCUGCACAGUCCUCCCACCAAAUUGCAACGACCGUAAAUUUCGCUUCCGCGGAUGCACAAAUGAAGACCCAUACAAAUGGAAAAAUGGAGAUAAGUGUCGAUUUAUUUCGUCUCAGGAUGAAAGGUGGCGUUGGCGAUCAGUACAGUGCAAGUGCAGGCGAACACGUGACGAGCGAAAUUGCGGAUUAGAGACGGCUUAUAAAUAUGUGCCAAAAGAAUCGCUAAUUUUCAGAGGAAAUAACCGAACCCGCCAACAUGGUCAUCUUCCGGGCGAUUGGGAGCCCUACCGAAAAGAAAACGGCCGACUUGAUUGGGUCCCGAUGAAAAUUCCAAAUUGCGGCAGCAUCGGUCGCGCGGUUUCUCAAUGCCCCGGUGAUUUGGACAAAAACCAACCGUUUUACAUCGAUCGAGACAUUUCUGAGAACAUCAAGUUUGGCGACAUUGCGAGGAUAAAGUGCCCCAAUCGGAUUUUGAAUGAAGACGGAAGUGAGGAACCGAGAGUCUGGAAGAUAAAAUGUGGAAUUGGGGCUUGGACGUUUUUGAAAAAUGGAUCGUCUAUUGAUCAACCCGGCCUGGGAGAGUUCUGCAAGACGGAAUGGGGCGCCUGGGGCGAGUGGAGCCAAUGCAGCUCGAGUUGUGAUGGAGGAGUCGCGCAUCGAAAAAGAAGCUGUUUUUACAAAGGAGAAUGCGCGAUAACAAAACGAGAUGCCGCGCUCUGUAACGAAACUACACGCGAAAUUCUUCAUCCUCUUUCUUCUCAAAUGUGUGAAGGUGGCGAAGAAGCAUCCACUGAUUCUACUCUUUGUGCUGUUGGAGUAAAAUGCGUUCAAUGGGCGAUUUGGACCGAGUGGACAGCACCAAGUGAUCGUUGUGAAUCAAGAAGAUUUCGCGAGUGUCAAAACUGCUUGGCAAAUGGAACUUGUCUCGAAAUACCCAAAAAUGAACAAACUUGUGAAGGACCGAAGAAAGAAAUUGAGUAUCAUACGAAUAGAGUUGGAUGCAAGUAUAUUUUGUCGAUUCAAGAAGAUAAGCCGAUUGAAAUCUUUGACACACGAAGAGGGAAGAUUUCAGCACUUGAUGCAAAUCUGAAGGGCGUUCCAAAAUCGUCCCCUUUUAUCAACAUUGACUGUUAUGUCAAACUGAAAGGGUCCAUCUACGUCCUUGCCCAGCACGAAAGCGACUCACAUCGAGCCUUUUUCAAGAGUAAUAACGAGACUGAAAGCUGGGAACGAAUCGGUGGAAUUCCUGAAGAUACAACUGAAGCUGGCUGCGUCGCGAGCCCGAGAAAGAUUUGGAGAUGCGGAGGAUUUCUGAAUAAGGAGGAGAAUAUUCGAUCAGACAAAUGUUUCAGUUGGAACGGAACCGACUGGGUCGAGGAAGCUUCAAUGAACGCCCCUCGCGCGGGCCAUUCCAUCUUAGCUACAUCACGCACACUCUACGUCUUCGGCGGCAAUGACCAAAGUACCUCUCUUGAAAUCUUCUCUUCAACAAGCAAAUCUUGGAAAAUGUUCCCGUGGAAUAUUCCUCACUCCGAUUUUGAGCCCGGGAGCCCGAUUUGGAACCCAAGAAAAGAUUUUGCCUGGUUCGUCGGAACAAAGGAUCAAAAGUCUGAUAAAAUUUGGAGAUUUGAUCCGAGCAAUAACGAAAUGAAGCUAUUUGGGCAUCUUUCUGAAGCAAGGAUCCAACCAUCUGUAAUUUUGUCAAUGAGAGAGCUUGAUAGAAACGCAUCCGGCCGCGGAAAACCUCAAUUGAUGGUUGAUGGAGGAAUCAGAGCUCAUAAAAAGACUGAAAUCUUCCGCGAACUCUGCGACAUCUGGAAUUGGAAAGAAGAAAAUCACGAUUCGAACAUUUGCGAGUCAAUUGAUCGCCUUGGCGAAGUAAAAUCAUCAACAGUCGUUCUUCCCUGGCCCUGA